CACAAGACGUGCGUUGUGACCAAAAUCCCAAAUCAAAUAUAAUUCAAAAUUGAAAGAGAAUUUUGCACGUGUUCAAUGAACCUGAAUCAUUUAUAAAAAGUUAAAAGUAACGAAUUAUAAUAUCUUUAUAUUAACUUUUUUAACUCCGUUUAAGAUUGUACAUUGUUUCUCAAUAGCUAAUCCGUGAUAAGAUACAAGUGAUUGUAGAAUAGUUACCUAGUCGCUAAAAUGUUUCAUAGUGUGCUGCGGUAUAGAAAUCAGAUUUUAAUUACUAUAUGUGGGUAUGUUGGUCAUCUGCUCUGUGGCUAUGGAAUCAGUUGGACGGCGCCGAUCAUUCCGAAAUUGGAGAACCCUGACGAAUCUCCAUUAUCAAGACCACUUUCCGACAUAGAAAUGUCUUUGUUGGCAUCUGUAUUAUAUAUUGCUGGGUUACCGGCUGUGCUGUCGAUGAGCUGGUUCUCCAACUACAAAGGCCGAAAAGCAAGUUAUGUUCUCUCGGCAAUUUUUUACAUCAUCGGUUUCGCCAUGUUGGGGUCAGCUACGAACUUCACGAUGAUGUUCAUUGCUAGAAUCAUCAACACAUUUGGAUUUAGCAUAGCAAAUAUGAUAAACACCAUUUAUAUUGGAGAAAUAGCAUCAAGCAACAUUCGAGGGAUCUUCCUGACGGGGCUUGGCGUUAUACAAACAUUGGGAUCCCUAAUAUUAUUCAGUGUUGGACCUUUCGUUUCCUACAGUAUGGUCUCAUAUAUUGGUGUUGCUAUAUCUGUAGUAUAUUUCCUGGCAGUUCUCUGCAUACCCGAAUCUCCUGUAUAUCUCGCUUUGAAAGAUGAAGACAAAAAAUUAAGCCAAGUCCUUCAAAUACUUGGUAGAGAAUCCGAAAUAAAAAACAUAAUGGAAUUAAAGAAUACUCAAGCCAAAACAAACAAUUUAGAAGAUUGGAAAGAAUUGUUUACAAUUAAAUGCAACAGAAAAGCAUUAUUUAUUACUGUAACUAUAAGCGUAUUGAACUAUUUAAGUGGUAUGUUAGUGGUUGUUUUUUUUUCGACAUCGAUUUUCAAAAUGGCGGAUUCAUCGGUCCCGCCAAGUUUAGCUACUAUUAUCAUUGGAUGUACUCAAUUGGUGGGGAGUAUUAUUGCUCCAUUCUGUGUGGAAAUAUCUGGAAGGCGAAUUUUGCUAUUGGUUUCAACAGGUGUAUGCUGUGUUAGUAUGGUAAGUGCGAGUUUUAUUAAUUUAUUAAAGAACACCAGUAUAUGUAAUACAUUUCCUACAGUAUAAG